AUGGUCGAAACCGAUGCACCAACCCUAAAUUCUAGAGGAUUUGUCCCUGUCGCCACCGCUGCACUCAUCUCCCACCUCGGUAUCCAUCUCCACCAAAUUGUCAUCUUCCUCGUGUUCUCCCCGAUCCAAAACCACCGAGACCAACCACGCCAAACCAUAUCGAACCCCCACCAAAUCCCACGCGUAGCAGCCAGCCGCAGCGUCUCCCUGCUCGACCCUGUCCUCGAGGACGCACCCGAGCUCCAUUCUCUCGAGCCAUGGCACCUCUGCGACAAGGCGCCCGAGUUCAUCCAUGCCUGCUGCCCACCGAAACGAGCAGGAGAUCUUCCAUGGCGCCUCCUUCCGCUUUUCCCUACUGAGCUCGUCAACCGCACCAUGGCACCGUCGCCCGAGUUCACCGAGCCUCCAGGAGCCCGCAUCAAGUCCCACAACAUUCGAGCCGCCCCUGAGCUCCGUCCAUGCCAUUGUUGCCCGGAUCUGGUGCCGGCCAGCCGGAUCCGCCCCGUCCCCACCUUGCCGGCCUUCCCUGCAGCCUGCCGCCGCUUCCCUUCAUGUCCCACGUCGCCACGCUGCCACGGCCGCGUUGACCUUCGGUCAUCGCCAGGAGAGGAUGACCGCACGAGCUCGCCCGCUCCCGUUCUCCUCCUGGGCCACGCACAGGCCUAGUGCGCCCAAGCCGGCCUCCUCUGUAGAUGGGCCAAGGCCCGCUGGGUGAGCCUCCAGCACCCACGUUCCUAUCGGUCCAGUCAGUUUCAGCCUGCUACAUUUUUUUCCUGUUCUAUAAAUUUCCUGAUUUCCAGGGAAUUGGCAGUUUUAUAGAAAAGCCCUUCAAAUCCAUGCAUUUAAUAACUAAAUAACCAUGCAUCAUAUGUAAAAACUUCAAAUAUGAAAAAUGCUUAGAAUUGCAUCUAGAUUCAUAAUAUACAGCUUUUAUCCAUGUUUAAAAUGUUGUUUGCAUUAAUUUGCAUAUAUAUCAUGCUAAGUUGAUUUAUUUCAUAACUAAAUAACCGUAUCUCCAAUUUUAAUAAACUUUAUAUGUAAAUGAGGUAGAAAAAGCAUAGAUUAACUUGGUGCACUUACUUUGCAUGUUUGACAACUCUAAAAUAUGCUUUAGGGAAGAACAGUACCAUAACCAAAAUAUGCACAUGGGGAUUUUCCGGACUUGUUGUUUGUUAUAUCCGGCCCCAUUUAAAUUGUCUA